CGUUGAAUAAUAAAUGAUUUUGACCACUACAAAAACCAAGCACCUCCUUGCAGAUGGGUUUGCAUUUCCUGUUGACUUUGUGACACGUCGAGUGACAGGGAGUGAGUGCGUUGAAGGCGGGACAUCCUGCAAACGCCUGACCACCAACCCAGCGACUGAGAGUCUCACUUUCGUUUCCUAGCUAGUUAGCUAGUUAGUGUGCCACAGUUCCUUUGGUUAGAAAAAAGUCAGAGGGAGGGAGGGAGAGAGAGAAAGAAAGAGAGAGAAAGAGUGUGAGGGAGGGAGUGAGGGAAAGAGGGAGGAAGAGGUUUUUUAAUUUGAAAUGGAGGCCAGCCUGACCUGUGCGGUUUGCUUGUCGGUGUUUGAGAAUCCCACCACUCUGCCAGUGUGCUCGCACAAUUUUUGCAAGAAGUGCAUCUUGGAAUGUGUCACCAAGUCGUUCAGUAGUUCCGGGGGGUUUGGCCUGGGCAUCUGCAGCAGUAGCAGCAACAACAACAUCUGGAGGAACAGCCAGCUCGAGUGCCCCCUGUGCAGAAAGAGCAACUUCAUCGCCGAAGGCGCCGUCAACCUGCCGGGCAACACCACGCUGGCCGAGGUGGUGAAGCUGUUCAGGUGCCUGCAGCAGCAGCAGCAGCAGCAGUCGGCGGCCGGUGGCUGCAGAGCGGAGGAGCUAGAAGAGAACGCGGGCCCGGGAGCCGGGAGCUCGAGCGACGGGCGAGCCUUGUGCGAGCGGCACCCGCCCCGGAGCCUGCAGCUCUUCUGCAAGGUCUGCAAACAGGCGGCUUGCGGCCAGUGCGUGUCCGAGCACCACCGCGGCGUCUUUCACUCCGUCAACCUGGUCGACAUGAUCUACCAGGAGGAAAAGCUUGAUUACUUCAACAACAUGAGAGAACUGAGGCAGUUGAAUGAGAAAUUGAAGGUUGAAGUUGCAGAUGUCCCUUCGGAUAGAGAGCUAAUGCUGGAGUAUGAAAAAGAAGUUAUUGCGAGCAAAUUUGAAGAGAUUUCAGAGAAAUUAGUACAGAAAAAAAAGCAGUUUUUGGAUAAGAUUGAAAAGGAGAUCGAAUGCAAGAAAAAGGAACGUAAAGCUUGCCUUGCAAGAAAACAGACACAGAAAGACACCAUUGAGAAGUACCUGAAGGAUUGUGAAAUAUUGGUGAAUGAAUGCAAUCCUGUAACUUUUCUCAAGGUGGCUUGUGACUUAAAUGAAAGAGUGAGGAGCAACCUAGCCAUUGUCCUCCCUACCAUGAAAAAGGAUAAUGAAUCGGCAUGUCUGCAGCCCAGUCAGCUUCACAUAAAGCCAAUUUUGGAUAGCAUCUCUGCACUUCAGUUUGCCGAAGAUACGUCAGAACCUACUUGUGCCUUGGAUGCUGACAACGUCACAAAUAAGAAGGUCAAACAAGGGUAUCGAUUUAAAACUCCCUUGAAAAUGUGGAAACAACCCAAGGGUUGUGAAGGAGCAGAAUUUUCUCCAGAAAUAAUCUAUGACAAUCUUGAAGGCCACGAGAUCGUUAUUGGUGUAUACUUCAAAAGAUGA